UAAUUCACCUCCCUUCUUUGCGAUUUCCGUUACUUUGAAGUCAGGAUUUUCGCGCUUAAUCUUGUCGCGAGCUUCGUUGAGCCACAACAUAUAUGCUGAAAGGGGACGCUUUGGUUUUUCUGCCAUUGUUUAUUGUUAAUACUCUUUUUUCUUUUCACUAAAGAAUCACUUCUGACUUUUACGUCUAUUUUCUUUGAGCUAACGACUGUUAAUGCGAAUGCUGUCGAAAUGAAUAAGAAGAGGGAAACGAUUUUUGAAUAUAACGCACAAGGGGUUUUGUAUGUAAUUUUACAGAAUGUUACGCAUAAGGGGUAAUGUAAAACUGACAGCAUGUUUCAACGUUCCUAGAAAAUUUAAAUAAAGUCGAAGUUUUACAGUACUUUUUACAAGUGCUGAAGUUCGUAGCCAUAUUGCAUCUCAGUCGCGAUUUAGAGCAUACUUGAAACGUCGUAGAAAAUUUCUUCUACAAAAAAAGCACAUUUUAAUUUAAUUUUUGUGCGUAAAAAUAUAAAAAAAAAUUCAAAAAAAUAUAAAAAAACUUAAAAAUAUUAAAAAAAGAUAUAAAAGCUAGAGUAAUAUCCUCAAAAAGCUGAAAAAUCUCGCGUGCUGAUCUUCGCUUUCUAAUUUUGUUCCGAUUCAGUUUGAAACGUGUCAGAAGUGAAAAAAAGAGCAUAAACAAACAAUGGCUUCUCUUUAUGUUGGUGACUUACAUGCUGACAUCACCGAGGCGAUGUUAUUUGAGAAGUUCUCGGCAAUUGGACCAGUUCUCUCGAUUCGCGUCUGCCGUGACGUUAUAUCUCGUCGCUCAUUAGGUUACGCCUACGUCAACUUCCAGCAACCUGCUGAUGCUGAACGUGUCCUGGAUAGUAUGAACUUUGAUUUGAUUAAAGGCCGUCCGAUUCGUAUUAUGUGGUCCCAACGUGAUCCAUCUCUUCGUAAAUCUGGGGUUGGAAAUGUAUUCAUCAAAAACUUGGACAAAUCGAUUGACAACAAGGCUAUGUACGACACAUUUUCAGCAUUUGGUAAUAUUUUGAGCUGCAAGGUCGCUCAAGAUGAAACUGGAGCUUCAAAAGGUUACGGUUUUGUCCAUUUCGAAACUGAAGAAGCAGCAAACUUAUCCAUUGAUAAAGUAAACGGAAUGUUGUUGAAUGAAAAGAAAGUCUUCGUUGGAAGAUUCAUUCCACGUAAGGAACGCGAGAAGGAAUUAGGCGAAAAGGCAAGAUUAUAUACAAAUGUUUAUGUUAAGAACUUUGGAGAUGAACUCAACGAUGAGUCACUUUAUGAAAUGUUCAAAGUUUUCGGUGAAAUCACAAGUCAUAGUGUCAUGACCAAGGAUGCAAAAUCUCGUGGCUUUGGAUUUGUCGCAUUUGAAUCAGCUGAUGCCGCUGAAGAAGCUGUUAAAGCAUUGAAUGGAAAGAAAUUGGGCGAUGAUAAAACUUUGUACGUAGGACGUGCACAAAAGAAAUAUGAACGUCAAUUGGAGCUCAAACGCAAAUUUGAACAAAUUAAAAUCGAAAGAAUGUCUCGUUAUCAAGGUGUCAACUUAUACGUAAAGAAUCUCGAUGAUUCUAUUGAUGAUGAGCGUUUGAGAAAGGAAUUUACACCUUUCGGAACCAUAACAAGUGCUAAAGUUAUGUUGGAAGAUGGGCGCUCGAAAGGGUUUGGAUUCGUUUGCUUUUCAGCUGCUGAAGAAGCUACCAAAGCAGUCACAGAGAUGAACGGGCGUAUUGUUGGGUCAAAACCAUUGUAUGUUGCUUUAGCACAAAAGAAAGAAGAUCGCAAAGCUCAUUUGGCUUCACAAUACACUCAGCGUAUGAAUAACAUGCGAAUGCAACAAAUGGGGCAAAUCUUCCAGCCUGGAAGUGCUGGAGGGUACUUUGUUCCAACAAUUCCACAGCCACAACGUUUCUACGGGCCAGCAAUCACUCCAAUUCGCACGACUCCAAGAUGGGCAAAUCAACCUCAAGUGCGUCAAAAUGUCGCUCAAAAUGCUGCUGGAUAUCCAAACAUGGUUGCAAGUGGUACUCAGUACCGUCCAGGCGUUGCUCGUGGUCAACAAGUUCCUGCUGGCGCUCAAAAUCCAUCAGCUGCUUUGCGUAACUCAGCACGUCCAAUCACUGGACAACAAGCUGCUGGUCAAAUCCAACCAGGACGUGGAUUGAAUGCUCCAGUCACACAGCGUGGUGCGCCAAACUAUAAGUACACUCAAAACAUGCGCAAUCCACCACAAAGUGUCCCAAUGCCGGUUCAACCAACAGCACAACAAGCUGUGGUCGUUAAAGGGCAAGAACCGUUGACAGCAAGCAUGUUGGCUGCUGCUCAACCAGCUGAACAAAAACAAAUGCUUGGAGAACGUUUGUUCCCAUUGAUUGAAUCAAUGUAUCCUGCUUUAGCUGGGAAGAUCACUGGAAUGUUGUUGGAGAUUGAUAAUUCGGAAUUGUUGCACAUGUUGGAACAUAAUGAAUCAUUGAAAUCGAAAGUUGAAGAAGCUGUUGCUGUCUUACAUGUUCAUCAACAGAAAUCCACCAACCCGAAGAUUGGCGAAUAAAUUUUCGAAAGUUUUCCAUCAUGAAGAAAAAAUAAAAUAAUAAAAUAAAGAAACCAGCAUUCAUUCAGCGAGAAGAAUAUUGAAUUAAUCUUUGAAAUAAUCAUAAAAAUGAAAAGAAAAAAAAAUUAAAAACAUAAAAUCCAAAAAAAUUGCAAAACAUAAAAAACAUGAAAAGAAAAUAUUAAAAAUAAUAAAAAUCGUUAUGAAAAAAAAGACGACAAAACAAUAUGCAACGGAUCACGCGACUAAAUAACAACUUUUUAGCAAGAAAAAAAAAUAAUGAAAAAUCCAAAAAUACAUGAAAAAAACAAAAAAUUUGCAAAAAUAUACAAAAAAAUCGAAAAACAAAUGAGAAAAAUCCUUAACUGAAAAAAAUCUCAAAAAAUAGGAACAACCUCGAAGUUUCUUUUGUUUUCAUUUAACAGAGGAAUCUUUUUUUUUUGUUUUCACUAUGAAUUUUCUGUUAAAAUUUAUAAUUCAAGUUUUUGUUUUCGGGAAAAAAUGAAAAAUGAGAAAGAAAAAAAUUUUAGCGCGAAUCUUUUUUUUCCAUGUUUGCUGUUCUUCAAAUAAACCACGACGAUCACGAAGUUUUCUGAUAUUUACUUUAAGUUCGAUAAUUUUAAUGUCAGUAGGAAGGGAAGAAAGUCGUGCAUUUGAUGAAACUUAUUUAAAAAAGAAGAAGAAGAAAACUUAGAAAUUUUCUUUAUGAACUUUAUAACGCGCCUCCCCCACAUUAAAUAAGAAUGAUAAACAAUUUUUUUACGAAUCGAAAGCAAGGAACAAAGAAAAAAAAUUAAGCAAAAAAGAGAAAAAAUCAAUAAAAAACUGAAAAAUAUAAACUUUUGUAAGCGCUGCUAAGCUCUGAAUGUAUUUUUGAGAAUUGUUGGAUUAAGAUUCAGGGAAUGAAAAACUUUGUUAAGCGUCUGGAACUAAAAGGAAAGAAAUAAAGAGCUGAAAAAGAA